AUGUCAGUAGAUAAAUUGAAGUCUGGUAUUGCCUCAUUUGGGAGUACAAUUGUUGAUAAAAGUAGUCAUUUAACUGAAAAUAUUCUUGAUCAUGGUUCGGGUAUAAAGGAUACUUUAACUUUUAAACAUAAAGAUUAUGAUAAAGAUGAUGAAUUAAUUAAACAUUAUAAAUAUGAUAUAGAGAAGUCUAUUGGAGGACUUAAAUACAUUGAUAAUCAAACAAAACGGUUAUAUAAGACACAUUUUAAUCGAUUAUUUAAAUUAAAUAUUGGCAUAAUUCAAAAGUUUAUUUCAAUAAUUGGUAAAGAUUCUUUACAUUUUAAAGGUAUAGAAGAUUAUUAUAAUGAUUUUGAUAAAUUUCAAGCAACUCAAGUUAUACCUAUGAUACAUCCUAAAGAAAAGGAAUUUAUUAUACAAAGUAUUAAUCAUGAACUUUAUAAUUAUUUAUCAUCAAUUGAAAGACUUAAGGGUAAAAUUCAAAGAUCAUGGGAACUUCAUUCAGAAUCAAUUCAUUUACGUAUAAGUGAAAUGAAUUCUUAUCUUACUGAAACAUUAAAAUUAAUUAAAAAGAGAAAUAAAAAGAAGAAUCAAUAUGGAAAUCUUGAUAAGAAAAUAGCUAAAUUAUCGAAAAAGUCAAGUCCUCUUGAUGAUAAAGAAACUGAAAAAUUAAAAAAGUAUGAAAAGGAUUUGAAAAAUGUUCAUUCUGAAUUUAAUAAACUUAAUGAUAAAUUAAAAUCUAUUUUACCUCAUGUUAUAUCAUUUUUAGAUGAAUUUAUUGAAACUAUAACUUGUAUAACUUUAACUCAACAAGUUUCUACUUAUAAACAAAUUAAAGAUUCACUUAAAUAUUUUUCAUUAUUUCAUGGUUAUUUGAAUUCUGAUAAUGAAAAUAAUGAUAAUGAAGAUCGAAUUCAAACUUAUCAAACCAUUGAAGAUCAAUGGGAACAAGCUAUAACUCCAACUAGAUUACAAAUUGAAUCAUUUAUUACUGUUAUUUUUAAUAAAAAACCUGAAUUAUUAGAUACAGAAAUUGAAGAUAAAGAUAAAACUAAUGUAUCAACUAAGAUUUGGAAUAAAAUGACAAGUAAAGUUACUGAAAGGAAACAUGAACAUAAACUGAAAGAUCAUAUUAAUGGAACUUUUAAUGAUUAUCUUGAAGUAGAUCCAUUAGAUGCAUAUAUUAAAUAUGAAGAUAAUCAUAUGAAUAGACCAGAAACUUAUUUCCCUUCUAGAAUUAUUCCAGCCAGUGAAGUUAGUGUUCCAAAACCUAAAGUUAAUGCAAAUUUACCACCUUUACCUCCAAGAAGUAAUACUGCUGGUACUUCUAAAUUAUUACCUAUUAUACCACCACCUUCAACUCCAAAUAGUAGAAGUGGAUCAAUUUCUACAUUACCACCAUAUUCUGCCAAUGGAUUUAAUUCAUCAUUUUCUCUGGAUUCUUAUAAUGAUGAAGAUAUAGGAGAUAUUGAUGAUAUGUCAUCAAUUAAAUCUGAUAUUUCUGUUGAAUCAGCUUCAAGUGAUUUUAUAUUACAAUAUCUGAAUCCUGAUUUAGUUAGUAAGAAUUUAAAGAAAGUAUACAAUUCCCAAAAAAAUGAUAUAAAAUUAGUACCAAUUACUACUAAAUUUAUUAAUAAUCCAAUUACUAAUACUGAUAAUGGAGUAUUUAAUAAGACAAGUUCAGCAAGUUAUAAAUUAAUUCAAAUCAAUGAAUUUUUUAAUAAAUUAACUGGAUCAACUCAAAAGGAUCAUCGAAUUAUAACUGCAUUAUAUGAUUAUGAUGGAGUUGAACCUGGAGAUCUUUCAUUUAAAAAGGGUGAUCAAAUUGAAGUUUUAUUUGAUUUUCAACAAAUUGAUACUCUAUAUAAUGAGGGGGAUGUUAAUUGGUUAAUUGGAUCUACAAGUGGUAAAUCGAAUUCAAGAAUUGGAUUUAUUCCUAGUAAUUAUUUUUCUUAA